GCGGGUGGCGGUGUGUGUGCGGGUGGCGGUGUCGGGCGGUCCCAGGGCGCCUCUCCCGGGACAUUAGUCGAGAGACCCUGAACGCGGAGAGGGGGUUCCUCGGUUCCCAGAGGAAUGUCGGAGGAGACGGGAUCCGAGUGUCCCGUUUGUUACGAGAAGGUGUCCCGACACAGCGCGGCCCUGCGGACCCUCACCUGCCGACACAUCUUCUGUCACGACUGUCUGGUCAAGACGGUGGUCAACCAGGGGACCAAACCCAAGAGGGUGGUGUGUCCGGUGUGCAGACACGUCACCUUCCUGAGCAAGAGGGGGCUGGUGGCCAUGGCCACCGACAAGGCCCCCCCCCAGACCCUGAGGAUCCCUCUGCCCACCCCGGAGCCGCCGCCGCCGCCCCCCACCACCGUCCCCGUCCCGCCCCCGCCGGGGGGGGCUUUCGGGAGCCUCUGCCGCUCCCUCCGCGGCUGCUGUCCCGGGACUCCGAGAGCGGCGGCUCAGCGGAGCCGCGUGUUCGUGAUCAGCGGGAGGGGGCGGCCCAUGAGCGAGGAAGAGCGGAGAGCCCCCGCGGACCGUGGCGGUGGGGCGGGAGGGGGCGGCGCGGGGGGGGGCUCGCGGCGGGGAAGGCUCCGCUGGAUCUUACUGCUCCUGGGCUUCGUGAUCGUCGGGGCGGUGAUCGCAGCGGUGCUGCCCUGGGCCAUGACCAACCCGGGACACAAGUAGGGAC